AGGGAGGCUGCCCCUGUUGGGACUGCUGCCUGUCUUAAGGGCACCGGCCGGGCGCUGGCAGGCAACUCCUCCCAGCCCGACGGGGCGGGGACGGCCAGCCUGGCGGCUCUCUCCUGGCCCGUUUGGCCUGCUCUCGGCUGGAAGAUGGCGCAGCUGUCGGGGCUGCUCCUGAUCGAGCUGGCCCUGCACGCCGCAGCCUUCCUCUGCGGGAUCAUCUGCGCCUCCGCCCUCUCCGUCACCCAGGGAGAAUUUGGUGGCCGGUGUAUCUUGUAUGGAUCUGUAGUCUACAAUGGGACAUUGAAUCUCAGCAGUUCCAGCCCCGUCUCCCUCUGCUAUUUCGUCGCAGUAAUUUCUGCUCUCGCCGCCAUUUUCUGCUUCCUGUCUCUUCUCUAUGGCAUCUACAGUGCUUGCUUUGGGGAAGAAGAACCGGAGCGAGUCUGGCUCAAGGGAUCAAUAGUGCUGGUGGCAGUGGUCCUCUUCUUCUUGCUUAUCUCAGCCUGCAUCCUUCGGGUUGGGAUGGACAAGCUCUGUGCAUCUAUUCAGAAAUCUGCAGCUGCCUCAAGCUGCCAAGAAGCCCAGCAUCGAUCUUGGGUCCCCCCUUACCAAGGUGGAAGGUUCUACGACAACCUCUACACGGCAGAGGCAGCCGCUUGGGUGAACUUCUUCUUUUGGUGCAUGUUGCUGCUGCGCUUGUUCGUUGAAUGCAUGGGUAAAAGCUCACCCCGGUCAUCACCAGGGAGCGACCAGCCAUGGAACGGCGAGAGGACACCCAUUAUUGGGUAGCCAUCACUCAGGCCUCGAUGAGGGCAUACGGGGCACCCCUGGAAGGAGCCGUCAACAACACUCCUGGUGUGUGGGACAGCUCGGGAAUCCUCUCCCCCACCUUCUGUCUUGCUGCACAACAGGAAGAGGAGGGGUUGUUUUUCUUCCUUGGUGUGUCCAAAGGGGACAUCUGCUGAUUGCCUCUGGGCAAUAAGACUUAAAUCGAGAGGUGCUGGGACUUUACGCUGGCAGGAAAGAAAUAUGGAGGGGGAAACAGCCCUCAGCAUGUUCCAACUCUGCCCCCUUUCUGUCAUAGCUUUCCUUUUCUAACACCACUCUCCAUCUCCACUCCUAGUCUCCAUAGAAAGCGGCCAGUUCCACUACAUGAUAAAACGGUGCAAUCCAGCAUGUCUUGACAGAUGGAUUGUGUCUGCCUGAGCCAAUUCUCGAGUAUUGUACCUGACAGCAGCUUGCAAGAACCAUGUCUGCUCCUAGAAGUAAUCCCCAAUUAAUCCUACAAUUGUGGGUUCUUGCAAAAAGCCCUGAGCACCAAUAACCAACUUGUAAGAACCUAAGAGCAGCCCUGCUGGAUCAAACCGAUAUCCAUUUAGUCUAACAUCCCAUUCCUCAGGGCUGCCAUCAAGGUAUCCCUGGAAAACCUAUCAGGGAUUCAGAUCUCCAUUCCUGAGGUCUGGGCUUUCCUCCACUCCAUGACCAGUUUCUCUGCAUCAAGGAAAGAAAUUGGUCCUUCCCACAUGACAGUGUUUUGCAUGCCUUAUGUCUUGUCAACUGAAAAUCACUAAUACAAGAGACUCGUUUUCCCCCCA